AUGUCUACUACACGGUUUCUUGCCACUUCACUUGUGAAUAUUAAUGCAUCCUCACGUAGAUCACUGUCUCUUAUGGUGCGAAGGUCGCGAAUCUCUCUCGCACCACAACGUGGUCUUAUCACUAUGAUCGAUAAGCAACAGUGCCGACAGAUCACUGACUACUCGGCCAAAGACAGUCGCAUAAAUUCAAGGAAACUUCGAAAGCACGACGGAUCAAACAUGGAUGGAGCCGCGAUCACUGCUGCUGCCCUUAAAUCACAGGGCGUCGAAUACAUGUUUGGAGUUGUCGGAUUCCCGGUAAUCGAAGUUGGAAUGGCUGCUCAGGCUCACGGAAUCAAAUACAUCGGGUGUAGAAAUGAGCAAGCGGCCGCAUAUGCUGCUCAAGCCAUGGGAUACCUUACUGGUAAACCUGUUGCUCUCCUUGUGGUCUCUGGUCCUGGAAUCCUUCACGCUAUCGGAGGUCUUGCCAACGCAACCGUUAACUGCUGGCCAGUCAUCUGCAUUGGAGGAACUGCUGACGUGGAUCUCGAAAACCGUGGAGCAUUCCAAGAAUGGAGCCAACAAGAGUCUGUCAGAAACUCUUGCAAACAUGUUAGUAGACCAACCAGUCUUCAUACCAUUCCUGCCCAUAUCGAGAAGGCUGUUCGCUGUGCAAUGUAUGGAAGACCAGGAGCAGUUUACGUAGAUCUUCCUGGAAAUCUUGUGUUGACAAGCACAGAAGAAGAUAUCAAUUUCCCAGAAGCCGUCCCACUUCCACCACCAGUAUCCAUUCCUCCAAUUGCUGAAAUCGAAAAGGCCAUCAAUACAUUGAAGAGUGCUAAGAAGCCAUUGGUGAUUGUCGGAAAAGGAGCUGCCUGGUCAGAGCGUGGAGCCACCCAAGUUCAACAAUUUUUGACAAAAUCCAAACUUCCAUGGCUUGCAACUCCAGGAGGAAAAGGAGUUGCUUCUGAUCUUCAUCCAAGAUUCAUUGGACAAGCCAGAUCAUUGGCUCUCAGAGAAGCAGAUACCGUCUUCCUUAUCGGAGCUCGCCUGAAUUGGAUUCUUCACUUCGGACUUCCUCCAAGAUUCCAGAAGGAUGUCAAAGUUGUUCAAAUUGAUCUUUGCCCAGAAGAGUUCCACCAGAAUGUGAAGACUGAGGUUCCACUUUUGGGAGAUAUUGGAGAAACAUUAGCCGAAUUGACACCAAGACUUGGAGAGUGGACAUAUGAUGAGUCAACUGAAUGGUUCAAGAAGCUCAGAGAGAAUGCUGAGAAGAAUAGAAAUGCUGUUGAAAAAUUGGUUGAUGAUCAUUCAACUCCAUUGAACUACUAUGCUGCAUACCAACCAGUAAGCAUUCGUGAAUUCCUUGCCAACAACGACGUAAUCGUAGUCAACGAGGGAGCUAACACUAUGGAUAUUGGCCGUACCAUGAUGCCAUCUCGUCUUCCUAAACGUCGUCUCGAUGCUGGAACCUUCGGAACAAUGGGAGUUGGACAAGGAUUCGCACUGGCCGCCGCUCUCUGGGCAAGAGACCAUUCACCAAAAACCAAAGUUCUAGUAGUUCAAGGAGACAGUGCUUUUGGAUUCUCAGCUAUGGAACUCGAAACCAUUGCCCGAUACAAUCUUCCAGUGGUCACUGUCAUCAUCAACAACUCUGGAAUCUACCGUGGACUCCUUCCAGAAGACGACAAAGCCAUCGAAGGAGAUCGUACCCUUGCUCUUCCAGUACUUUCACUGACUGCAGAAUGCCGUUAUGAAGAGAUGUGCAAGGCUUUCGGUGGUGCUGGAGCCGUUGUCAGAACAGUUCCAGAAAUUAAGGCUGCCCUUGAGAAGGCUUUCCAAAAGACCGACGGACCAACUGUUAUCAACGCCCUCAUAUCGACAGACUCAGAGAGGAAACCACAAGCCGAUCAUUGGUUGACCCGGUCCAAAAUGUAA